ACAGAUAAAGGUACAUCACAAUGUGCUUUUUGUGGAUGUGUGUUGCUAUCUAUCUCUCUUAGCUGCUUCAUCCAAAUUUCUUUCUCUCUUUCUCUCUGACCAGUCUUUGGUCUGAAUCGUGGUGGAUAAGAUGAGUAUAACAGAAGCAACGGCGUUGUUUAAGGAUGAAGAAGAGCAGUGCUCAUCAUCGUCGAUCGGAAAGAACAGCGACCUGUCGUCGGAGACAGAGUCCGGCGACAUGAAGAACGAGGCUCAAAGUUCUUAUAAAUGUAAUGGACCUCUGGACAUGAUGGAUUCCCUCCAACAAGUUCUUCCCAUCAGGAGGGGCAUCUCAAAAUUCUAUGAUGGCAAGUCCAAGUCCUUCACGAGUCUGGUGGAGACUGUUUCUUCUUCCUCAUCCGUGAAAGACAUUGGAAAACCAGAUGAUGCUUACACCAGGAGGCGUAGAAAUUUGAUGGCUGUAAAUCAUGUAUGGGAAAAGAAUAGAAGCUUCCCUUUGAGUGGUGGAAUUUUUAAGAGGACAAUGAGUGCAAGCCGAAGCGCUUUAGCUCUUGCAUUUGCCAUCAACUAUGAUGACAGUAGCAGUAGUUGUACCAGUGAGGAAUCAAAUUCUAAUCCAGUGUCGCCGCCGCCGCCUCUUCCACCGCUAUAUCCAAGAAGUAAUGUAUCGAGUGGGAGUUCAGGACUAUCCUCUCCUGUGAUCCACCAGAAUUUUUCUGGCUGGAGAUCGUUCUCCUUGGUUGAUCUUCAAAACUGUGCAACUGCUGCAACAGUAAAGAUGCCUGGCUCUUCCAUGAUAAACAAAGCAGCUCAUCUUUCAUAGAAAAUCUAACUCAUGACCCAAUUAUUGUUUUGCUUCUUUGCUUGUAUGUUGUUUAUCUAAAUGAGCAGGGUUUUACAGAAGAAA